GGAGGUUUCCGUCUCCUCUUCUGGUAGGCGGUUGCCUUUUCUUCCUGUCUUCCUCCCCAAGCUAACCUAUUUAUAUAUACAAUCUGCGUCUUUCAACCUCAACAACAAUCAUCAUUCUCUGAAUUUUCAUCUAAAACACAACACCAUGGGAGGAGGAACAGAAGCUUUCCCAGAUUUAGGAGACCAUUGCCAGCAUCCAGAUUGUCAUCAGCUCGAUUUUCUUCCUUUCCAUUGUGAUGGCUGCAAAAAGGUAUUCUGUUUAGAACACAGAUCGUACAAGUCUCACGAGUGCCCGAAAUCAGAGCACAAUAGCAGGAGAGUCGUUAUUUGUGGAAUUUGCUCGACUUCUCUGGAAACCACGGGGUUUGACGAAGAUUCAGCCAGGUUAAUGGUAGAAAGACAUAAAAAAUCUAUGGACUGUGAUCCGAGCAAGAAGAAAAAGGUUGUUUGUCCGGUCAGACGGUGCAAGGAGGUGUUAACAUUCUCCAACACCAGCACAUGCAAGGUUUGCCAUUUGAAGGUCUGCCUCAAGCACCGGUUUCCCGCUGAGCAUUCCUGCAACCAGGCUUUAAAGGCGACGGUGAUGGCCGGUAAUGGGAGAUGGAAUGACAAGUUUUUGGUUGCUUUGGGUUUAAGGAAUGGGAAAGAUUGUGGCGGGCGUCCCACAUCUCCAACAAGUACAAGUAAACAUUCGGUUAAAGCUUGUUAAUCGUUUUUAGAUGGAGGGUUCAGCCAAAAACGCAGUCUCUUAAAUGCCAAUUGGGUCUCAAUGUUGAAUUCUUGUUUUUUGUAUUGUUCAUUUUAUUUAUAAGAAUAUCAGCUUGCAACUUCUGUAAAAAAUAAAUUGGUAUUUUAAAAUUA